ACUGCAGACAUACAGAGCAGAACCUCCAGAGCCCAGCUGUGUGUCUAUGAAGAGCAGCAACUCGAUGUUUCAGCCUCCUAAUUUGAGUAAUGAAAGAUCCAGUACUGACCUGAGACCACAGACAUUCAGAGCAGAACCUCCAGAGCCCAGCCGUGUGUCUAUGAAGAGCAACAACUCAAUGUUUCAGCCUCCUAAUUUUCAGUAUGGAAAAAACCUGUACUGAUCUGAGACUGCAAACAUUCACGGCAGAACCUCCAGAGCCCAGCUGUGUGUCUAUAAAGAGCCACAACUCAAUGUUUCAGCCUCCUAAUUUCAGUAAUAAAAGAACCAGUACUGACCUGAGCUGUGGGAGGGACGCAUCACUUCAGGAUCAGUCCAGGUGUGGAAUGUGUGAGCAGAUUCAGACAAAUCCAAUCUCUAUCAACUGUGGACACACUUUCUGUAGACAGUGCAUCAACAGCUAUUGGAACCAGUCUGCUCAGUCAGGAGUCUUAGCCUGUCCGCGCUGCAGGAAGAGGUCUAAGACACGUCCUGUUCUACAUCAACCCAUAGAGGAGUCCAUGAAGCAGGAAGCAGUGGGUGAUGUCCUGCACAGAGUCUUAGAGAGACACAAAACCAGCAUGAAGAACAGGUAUGAGAGCUUAUUUGAGGGAUUCAAAACACAAGAGAAUAAAACCCUCCUGAACAGGAUUUACACACAGCUCUACAUCAUAGAGGGAGAGAGUGAAGGAGUGAAUGAAGAACAUGAAGUUUUACAGAUUGAAAAAACACUCUGGGACCAACACUGGCAGGAUACACCGAUUAACUGCUUAGAUAUCUUUAAACCUGUACAGUGCACUGUGGAAGAAAUGGAAGAGCAUAGCAUCAGAACUUUGAUGGCUGAAGAUGUCAGAUAUGAAGAAAGAGAAGAAGAUAAAGGUCCACAAGUGCAGAAACUCAGAACUGUACUGACUAAAGGAAUUGCUGGCAUUGGAAAAACAGUCUCUGUGCAGAAGUUCAUUCUGGACUGGGCUGAAGGAAAAGCCAAUCAGGAUGUAGAUUUGAUGUUUGUGCUUCCAUUCCGAGAGCUGAACCUGAUUAAAGAUCACCAGUACAGUCUUCAUAGACUUCUGUGUGACUUCCAUCCUGAGCUCAGAGAUCUGGACACAGAGAUAUAUGAUGAGUGUAAAAUGGUGUUCAUAUUUGAUGGCCUGGAUGAAAACAGAAUUCCACUGAGCUUCUUACAGUGUGAGAACCUGUCAGAUAUAACCAAGCUAUCAUCACUGGAUGUGCUGAUGACCAACCUCAUCAAAGGACAGCUGCUUCCCUCUGCUCACGUCUGGAUAACCUCUCGACCAGCAGCAGCCAAUCAGAUCCCUCGUCAGUACAUCAACCGUGUGACAGAAAUUCAGGGAUUCAAUGACCCACAGAAGGAGGAAUACUUCAGGAAGAGAAUCAGUGACCAAGACCAAGCCAACUUCGUCAUUUCACACAUUAAGAAAACAAGGAGUCUCCACAUCAUGUGCCACAUUCCAGUCUUCUGUUGGAUCUCAGCCACUGUGCUUCAGCACAUAAUGAAACAGGGUAUUACAGAAAUCCCUAAAACCCUGACUGCAAUGUAUUCACACUUCCUGUGCACUCAGACAAUCAUGAGGCAUGAGAAGUAUAAGGAAAAUUGUGAGAUAAAUCCAAAGGAUCUCUUGGGAUCCAACAGAAAGUUGCUUCUGAAACUGGCUGAACUGGCUUUCAAACAGCUGAUGAAGGGCAAUGUGAUGUUCUAUGAAGAAGACCUGAGAGAGUGCGGCAUUGAUGUGUCUGAGGCCUCAGUGUACUCUGGCAUUUGUACUGAGAUCUUUAGAGGAGAAUUUUUGCUCUACCAGAGGAAGGUCUACUGCUUUGUUCAUCUGAGCUUUCAGGAGUUUCUGGCUGCUCUCUAUGUGUUUCACUGCUAUGUUAGCCAGAACAUGGAGGAACUGCAAGUUUUUAAGAUAAAGAACAAAAAGCAGUCUGACAGUGAUUCAUUGGAAGAUCUGCUAAGGGGUGCUGUACAAAAAGCUGUAAAGAGUGAGAAUGGAAACCUUGAUCUGUUUCUCCGUUUUCUGCUGGGAAUUUCACUGGAGUCCAAUCAGCAACUCUUAAAAGACCUUCUGACUCAAACAGUGAGCAGCUCAGAGAGUAUCGACAAAACAGUUCAGUACAUCAAACGCCUAAUACCAACAAAGAAUCUUUCCUCAGAGAAAUCCAUCAACCUGUUCCUCUGUCUCACUGAAAUGAAUGACCAGUCUUUAUCCAAAAAAAUCCAGGAAUAUCUGAAAUCCAAUAAAGGCUCAAGAAAGAAUCUCUCUGCUGGAGAGUGUUUAGCACUAGCCUACAUGCUUGUGACCUCAGAGGAAGUGCUGGAUGAGCUGAACCUGAAGAAUUACAACACAAACGAGAGUGGAUAUUUGAGAUUGAUCCCAGCUGUGAGCAACUGCAGAAAGGCUGUACUAUCUGGCUGUAAACUCACCAUGAACUCGUAUGAAAAUCUAUGUUCUGCUCUGAAAUCAACAAACUCACCCCUGAAAGAACUGGACCUCAGUACCACUGACCUGCAGGACUCAGGAAUUGAGCUGCUCACUGCUGGAUUGAGGAGUUCAAACUGUAAACUGGAGAUUCUCAGACUAGGUCACUGUAAACUCACCACAAACUCCUGUGAAGCUCUCUGUUCUGCUCUGAAAUCAACAAACUCAACCCUGAAAGAACUGGAACUCAGUAAAACUGAAGUGCAGGACUCAGGAACAGAGCUGCUCUGUGCUGGAUUGAAGAGUUCAAACUGUAAACUGGAGAUACUCAGAUUAGGUCACUGUAAACUCACCAUAAACUCCUGUGAAGCUCUCUGUUCUGCUCUGAAAUCAACAAACUCAUCCCUGAAAGAACUGGAACUCAGUAAAACUGAAGUGCAGGACUCAGGAACAGAGCCGCUCUCUGCUGGAUUGAAGAGUUCAAACUGUAAACUGGAGAUACUCAGACUAGGUCACUGUAAACUCACCAUGAACUCGUAUGAAGCUCUCUGUUCUGCUCUGAAAUCAACAAACUCAUCCCUAAAACAACUGGACCUCAGUCACACUGACCUGCAGGACCCAGGAGGGAAGCUGCUCUCUGCUAUAUUGAAGAGUUCAGACUGUAAACUGGAGAUACUCAGACUAUCUUGGUGUAAUAUUAGGAGAAAGCCUUGUGAAAAUCUGGGAUCAGCUUCACAUCCAGUUAACUCCUCCCUGAAAGAGCUGGACCUCAGGAACAGUGACCUUCAGGAUUCAGGGACAGAGCUGCUCUCUGCUGUACUGAAAAGUCCACACUGUAAACUGGAGAUACUCAGAAUAUCUUGGUGUAACAUUGCAAGCUCCUCUCUGAAAGACCUGGACCUCAGCCACAAUGACCUUCAGGAUUCAGCAACAGAGCUUCUCUCUGCUGUACUGAAGAGUCCACACUGUAAACUGGAGAUACUCAG